AUGCGUCCGAUCACUUCGGUCGCUCGAUCUCGCUGUCGCCGUGCGCCCCAGGUGCCGUUUGGCCCCGGUGUGUCCAGGCGGUCACGUGUCGCCCGCCGCGGUGUUUCGUGGAUCGGCAUUUUGGUUGUCUUGGGCAUCGCCACGGCAAUUCCCGUCGGGGCAUUCUACCUCGUCCCUUGGGGCCCCAAGGAAAAAGUCGGCCCGCUCACCCAUAAGGUCGAACGGGGUGUGUUUACCUUCGUGGUGACCGAGAAGGGCGAAGUCGAAAGCUCGAGCAACGUCGAAGUCCGCUGCACGGUUCAGAGCAAGAGUUCCGGCGGUACCGCCAUCCUGGAAAUCAUCGACGAAGGCACCUACGUCAACGAAGGCGAUUUGCUGGUGCGGUUCGAUUCCUCGGGACUGGAGGACGAAGUCAACCUGCAGCAAAUCACCGUGAAUAGCAGCGAAGCGGCGAUGGUCGAAGCCGAGAACGUGUAUAAGGCGGCCCAGAUCGCCUUGGAAGAAUACCUGCAGGGCACCUUCAAGCAAGAAGAGCAGACGCUGCAAAACGAAAUCUUCGUCGCCGAAGAAAACCUUCGUCGGGCGGAAGACUAUGCCCAGUUCAGUGCCAAGCUUGCGGCCAAGGGCUAUGUGACCGAUCUGCAGUUGGAAGGUGAUCGAUUCGCCGUCGACCGCACCCGCAAAGAACUCGAGAUCGCCCAGAACAAGCUCGACAUCCUGCGGCGGCUGACCAAGAAGAAGAUGAUCGGUCAGUUCGAAAGCGAUAUUCACAUCGCCCAAGCCAAGCUGGCCUCGGCGAAGAAGAUCUAUGAACUCGACGUCGACAAGCUCGAGCUGAUUCAAAGCCAAAUCGAAGCCUGUACGCUGUAUGCCCCUUCCUCGGGCCAAGUGGUCUACGCCAACGAAACCAGUCGCCGCGGCGACUCCGAGUUCAUCGUGGAAGAAGGUGCGAUGAUCCGCGAGAACCAGGUGGUCAUCAAACUGCCAGACCCCAAAAAGAUGCAGGUGAAGGCCAAGAUCAACGAGUCGCGAAUCGAUCACGUCCGCGAUGGACAAUACGUCGAAAUCCACUUCGAUGCCAUUCCCGAUAGCAAGGUCGACGGUGUGGUGACCAAGGUCGACGAGUAUCCGCUGGCUGGCAACUGGUUCUCCUCCGGCGUUCGCGAAUACGGUACCUCAGUCCAAAUUCUCGACCCUCCGGCAAACCUUCGCCCUGGGAUGACUGCUCAAGUACGAAUCUUCGUCGAGCAACAGAAAGACGUGAUCAAGGUGCCCGUGCAAACCGUGUUCGAACAUGGCGACACACACUUCUGUGUGGUUAGCAAGAAUGGACAGCUCCAAGCCCGAGAACUGCCGCACAUCGGUUCGACGAAUGAUAUUUUCCUGGUGGUCAAAGAGGGGUUAAGCGACGACGAGCGCGUGCUGAUGCACCCUCGCGAUUACAUGGACGAUGUAGAACUUCCCCCGCUUACGGCCGUGGUGAGAAGCGAAGAAAUCCGUGACCUGCCCGACUUGGCUGACGAACCCAAACGAUCGGCUCCUGGUUCAGAAGAAAUAGCUGCGACCGCGCCGCAAGCACCUGUGGCCGGCGGUCCCGGCGGCGCCCCCGACCCGGCUCAAAUCGCCAGCAUGAUGUUCCAGCGAUUUGACAAAGACGGCGACGGUAAACUUUCCAAAGAAGAAAUGCCGGAACAGGGCCGUUCCAACUUCGACAAGACCGACAGCAACAGCGAUGGCUUUGUCGAUCAGGGCGAACUCAUUGCCGGGCUGAAUCAACGCAUGCAGCGACAACGAUCCGGCGAAGGGCUCGGGGACUAUGUCCUCGCGGGCGAAACGGUUCAUGCGCUACGCGGGGUGAGUCUCGAUGUGCCCGAAGGCGACUACGUGGCCAUCAUGGGCCCCUCGGGCUCAGGGAAGUCGACCCUGCUGAAUUUGUUGGGCUGCCUCGAUCGACCGACCGCCGGGCAGUUCUUCCUCGGCACCGACGAUGUGGCCCGCAUGAACGACGAUGAACUGUCGGAAGUUCGCGCGUCGCGGAUCGGCUUUGUGUUUCAAUCGUUCAACCUUAUUCCGCAGCUUACCGUGCUGGAGAACAUCGAAGUUCCGCUGUACUACCAGGGGCGGAUCAAACAGAAAGAUCGCGAACGCUGCCGUGAGUUAGCGAAAAUGGUUGGGCUCGGCGAACGACUCGGCCACCGCCCGGCGCAGCUUUCCGGCGGUCAACAGCAACGUGCGGCCAUCGCCCGCAGUCUGUCGAACGAUCCGUUUUUUAUCUUGGCCGACGAACCCACGGGAAACCUCGACUCGGUGACCACCGGCGAGAUUCUAGACUUGCUGGAGUCGCUGAACGCCGAGGGACGCACCAUCAUCAUGGCUGAAGGACGGCCUGUUGCAGUCGGACGAACGGCUCUAAUCAUGCUUCGAACCUGGCGCCUGGGAAUCAAAAGCCUGCUGCUGCACCCGCUGCGGUCGUUGCUCACCGUGUUGGGCAUCUUCAUCGGGGUGGCCAGCGUGAUUUGGCUGCUGGCCAUUGGUGAAGGCAUCAGCGUGAAAGCCCAAGAGCAGAUCGAAGGCUUAGGUGCCGACAACAUCAUCAUCCGUUCGAUCAAGCCUUCGGAACAAGCCAACUCCACGUCCUCAGGCCCGGCUCCCUAUGGGCUGACCCGAGACGACUUCACCCGUCUGACCAGCACGGUUCCCACGAUUCGUCGGGCGCUGCCAAUCCGAGAAAUCCGUAGGCAAUUUCGCUACGCCGCGCGGAUGGUCGAUGGACGCCUGGUGGGUUGCACCCCGGAGUACGCCGAAGUCACGCGACUGGUUGUCGAUCGAGGGCGAUUUCUUUCGGUUGCCGACGUCGACUCUAAACACAUUCAUUGCGUCAUCGGAGCCGGGGUGGCGGAACGGCUGUUUCCAUUCGAAAAUCCCAUCGGUCGCAGCAUCCACGUCGAAGAAGAUUACUACGUCGUGGUUGGCGUGAUGGAACCUCGCAUGCCAUCGGCCGGCAUUGGUGGUUCGCUGGCCGCUCAAGAAUUCGAUAACGAUGUGUAUGUGCCAAUCAGCACUUUGUGGACCCGCAUUGGCGAUCAGAUCGUCACACGGCGUUCUGGUUCGUUCGAAGGCGAAGUGGUCGAACUCACGCAAGUCACGCUCCGCAUCGACGAUGUCGAAAACGUGCUGCAGACGGCCGAAGUGGUCCGCAACACCCUGGACAUGUACCACACGAACGAAGACUACGGCAUCACGGUCCCGUUGGAGCUGCUGGAACAGGCCCGCACCACGCGGCUGAUGUUCAUCGUGUUCAUGGGGCUCAUCGCCGCGAUCUCGCUCAUCGUCGGGGGUAUCGGCAUCAUGAACAUCAUGCUGGCCACCGUGACUGAACGCACGCGCGAGAUCGGGAUCCGCCGUGCGCUGGGGGCCAAGCAACGCGAUAUCACCCGGCAGUUUUUGGCCGAGACGAUCGUGCUCUCGGUCGUCGGCGGGCUAACCGGCAUCGCCGGCGGAUUAACAUGCGGCCCGCUCACCGCGGGCAUUCGGCAAGUGCUGCAGCGGACAAUCCCCGAUGUGAUGCAGAAUCUUCCCGAUGUGGUGGCCUCCGUCACGCCGGUGAUCGUGCCGCUUUCGAUCCCGCUGGCGUUCGGCAUUUCGGUCGGCGUGGGGCUCAUAUUCGGGCUCUAUCCGGCCAUACGCGCCGCGGCGAUGGAUCCGAUCGAGGCCCUCCGCCACGAAUAG